AAAACGGAUCCAGCUGUGUCCAGCUGUGUGCCCUGCGUGCGUCACACCCGUGUGCUGCUCUUUAGACAGACUAGGUGGAAGAGAAGGAAAGAUGUCGGUGCUGUCGGUGUUCCGGGGUUUGUGCUUUCUGUGGGCAGCCGUCGGCACGGCGAGGAGCGGGACCUUGUUCCUGCGGGAGAGCCUGGAGCGGGGGCCGGUCAGCUUGACCGACAUGUUCCGAGAGGUAGAGGAGUUGAUGGAGGACACUCAGCACAUACUGGAGGAGGCAGUGGACCAGAUCACUACAGAGAGUGCAAAAUCCUCUUCAGGCUCACUGGAGCUGGGUCCUAACUACCACAACGAGACUACGAUGGUGAUAAAGAACGGAGACAAAGCAGUUAAGGUGCUAGACAGAACUGACAAGGACACUAACAACAACACUGGAGAGACUCAUUUGUCCCAUGUUCAUAUGGAGAUCUCCAGCCAGUGGAACAACAUGAAUCAUGAAUGCAUGGUGGACGAGGACUGUGGCAACCUGAAAUACUGCCUGUAUGAGAUCGAGAACUCCAAAUGCCUCCCCUGUAUCCCAACAGACAUGCCCUGCAUCAAGGAUGAGGAGUGCUGCUCUGAUCAGAUGUGUGUUUGGGGCCAGUGCACAGUGAACACCACCAGUGGAACAGAGGGAACCAUCUGUCAGAGUCAGAGUGACUGCAGGCCACACCUCUGCUGUGCUUUCCAACCAGAGCUUUUAUUUCCAGUAUGUAACCCCAAACCGGGCAAGGGGGAGUCCUGUCUAAGCCACCCCAACCUGCUGAUGGACAUGCUAGCCUGGGACCAGGAGGGUCCCCGUGACCACUGCCCCUGUGCCGAUGACCUUCAGUGCCAGCCUCAUGGCCGUGGAUCUGUGUGUGGAUAACAGUACUGGAGAUUUACAGUGCAGCAGAGUUAGAUGAAAUGACCUUAACGAUCCAAAGACGGACGCCUCUGCUGAUCAACAGCUGCUG